GGAUGGUUGCGGUCGUUGCGGUAGCUCAUCAAUCUUCAGAGCGAGAGCAGCAACCAUCUGCAUCGUCAUCAUGGUUGGUUACCACCGCCGCCACCGCGCAAUGGUUGUGGGUCCGUGUGCAAAACCAUUUUUCUGGAACAACCAUGAACCAUUCGCGUGCCGCUUCUAAUCUACAAUCUCGAUGCGACGAUGAUGUAGGGCUAAUCGACGGCGAGGGCGGAUGGUGUGAGUUAUCGCGAGUACGUGAGCCGCACCGACACAGGCGCACUGUCGCCGCGAGAGUUCCUCGCUGUCGAUAUAUGACCCGUCUACGACGGAGAGGCCAUUUCAGACUAGUACCGGACACCGAAAGAGGUGGAAGCAAUACGACAGUGAGUUUUACUUCCCUAUUAUUCCAUCGCAGCCAUCAAGUCACCUUCUGUACCAGUGUGUAUAAAGGUUGACAGCGUUUCAAAGCUAGUGGACCUGCUAGGAAAUUUUAGUUCUAUCUAGUAAAUUUUGAACGAGCAUUCGGAAACCAGUGUAACAAGAAAUGAUGAAGUCGAUCUUCUUCGGAAUGGUUGCCAUGGCCGUCGCCAUCCUGUCCAUCUACCAGGAAACGGCACAAGCCCAGGAACAGCCAGGAGCGACCCACGACUACAAAUGGAACGGCAUCGACGACCAGUGCCUGACGGCUCUGCACCUGCAGAUCAACAAGGAGUUCGACGCGUCGAUCGUCUACCUGAAGUACGCCGCCUACUUCGCGCAGGAAAAGGUCAACCUGCCCGGCUUCGAGAAGUUCUUCUUCCAUGCGGCCGGCGAGGAGCGCGAGCACGGCAUCAAGCUGAUCGAGUACGCCCUGAUGCGCGGCCAGGGACCCGUGGACAAGUCCAACUUCAAACUGAACUACACCUACCAGGUGCUUGCCGGAACCGACGGCGAGUCAGCUCUGCGUGCCGCCCUGACGAAGGAAGAGGAAGUGACGCACAGCAUCCGCGGAGUGAUCAAGGCCUGCGAGGAAGGCAGCAAUGACUACCACUUGGUCGACUACCUGACCGGCGAGUACCUGGAUGAACAGCACAAGGGACAGCGCGAGUUGGCCGAGAAGAUCGCCACCCUGAGCAAGAUGAAGAAGAGCGCCCCCAAACUGGGCGAGUUCCUGUUCGACAAGCACCACAUGUAAACGGCGAACCGGAAUGCCAUCCUGGAGUGCUUGUGGACGGUGCUUCACAGUGUCAUCAUCAUAGUUUAGAAGGAGCGUCGUUUUCUUAUUUCUUUGUACUGUGUUUCUUUUUGAGAUUUCGAACCGAUGAACGCCACCCGAAGAAUGCUUGAAUAAUAACAAUACAAUAGACUUUACGCACUCCGA